AUGAACCUCAGGGGUGGGAAGUCCAAAUCCCUACUCACUGUCAAAGUACAAAAGAGAGGGAGUUUCGUGAGUACCUGCCAUAAGCCAAAUGGAAGAAACAUAUGUUUUUAUCCCAUUACUCACUGGGGGUACUCAGACGGAGGUGGAGUACUAGAACAAAAUCGGGAAAAGAAACAAGAACAAGUUAUAAAGAACAUAAUUUCCCGGUUACAGGCGACCCCUGAGCCUCACAAACGCCUAGACCUCCUUUCCCAAUUACGGCCUCUCCUAAAACCUCCCUCUGGCAACCAACACCUUACCCGCCUUCUCAACUCUUCCUUCCAAUUCUUCCAGUACACACAACACACAUCCCAGUGCUGGAUAUGCAUGUCACUGUCUCCCUCACCACACAUAGCAAUUCCCUUACCCUCAACCUGGCUGUCACAGGGCAACUAUACCUCCCCUUCCCAACAGAAAACUACACCACUCAUUGGGCCAGUCUCUGACAAGGUCCUACUCUCAGCCUCUUCAAACCUAACCUGUAUUAACUACUCUAGUCCCAACUACACUGGUCUUACAAACUCGGCUCCCUCCUUCUGCUCCACUUGGGUUCUGUGGAACAGCACAAAUAAUUGCACCAAUCCAGGAAUCUUCAUUCUCUGUGGGACCUAUGCAUAUUCAUGCCUCCCUUUAGACCCCCCUGGACCCUGCAUCUUGGUCUUCCUCACCCCAGGCCUAACAUUCCUCAAAGAGGAAGAGAUAGAACAAAUAGUUUGCCCCCAAGGAAAACUUUCCCACAGAAAAAGACGAGCUGUCAUAGCCCCCCUCCUGAUUGGGACUGGCAUAGCAGCAGCCCUAGGCACCGGGAUUGGAGGCAUCUCGACCUCUGCCCAUUUCUAUUACAAGCUGUCCCAAGAACUUAAUGAAGACAUGGAGCAGGUAGUAGAGUCCUUCGUUUCAAUCCAAAAACAAAUUAACUCAUUAGCUUCUGUGGCCCUACAAAAUAGGAGAGCCCUAGACCUUCUCACCGCAGAAAAGGGAGGGACCUGCCUUUUCCUAGGAGAAGACUGCUGUUAUUUUGUUAAUGAAACAGGCAUAGUCCAGGGCCGAGUCAAAGAACUUAGAGACAGAAUUGAACACUGCAGAAAAGAGUUACAAAACCUUUACAUUCCCCAAAACCUGUUUCAACAGAUACUCCCUUGGUUGCUCCCUUUCCUGGGACCAUUGGUGCUUAUCAUUCUAUUCCUCUUAUUUGGACCCUGUCUCUUUAAUCUCUUUCAAAGGUUUCUCCAAGAACGGAUUCGGGCCAUCUCUCGAGAUCAGGUCAAGACCAUUCUUCUUCUCGAGAGCCUCACCUCAAGUUCAGAAAAAGGAGACUGUGGGCCCUAG